AUGCGGAGAAAUUUAAUGAUUUUUGGAAGAGUACGAAGUAUUAGAAAUGGAUCAUUAUAUCUUCUUAGAAAUCCUAUAAAUGGUGUAGAAAACAAUGUGAAACCCUUUUUUUUUUAUCGUCUGUUAUGUCUGGAUUUUUUAAUACUUGAUAAAAUCUAUACAUUUCAUGUUUGGACAAGAACUAAGGAAAUAAAGUCAACUAAAAUAGUUCCGACGGGUUCAUCACUAUUUUGUGCAGCUCCUGAGACACUAUCAGUUAUACCCUCUGUAUCAGAUGCAUCAUCUAUUUCUCUUUUGCCGUCAAAAUCAAAUAUUGCUUUGAAAUAUGAAAAAAAAAUGACAAAAUUAUUACAAGAAAAUAAAUAUUUUAAUAUAAUUGAAGUUUAUAAUGAGAUGAAAUCUAUGGGAAUUCCUCUCACUGUUGAAUUGUAUGAUAUUAUAUUUCAGUCGAUGGUUAAGAUUCGUCAGCCAGGUGUUGCAACGAUGAUUCAUACGCUUCUAGAUACAUAUAAAUCUAUGCUUGAGCAGCAAUUGACGCCUAAUCUCUCUAUUUACUCUACGCUUAUUCUUGCACUUUGUGUGCGUGAGGAAGAGGUGUAUUCUCAAUUACAGACAUUAAAUAAUAAGAUUUCACGUGGUCUUCCAAAUAAUUUACAGUUACAAGAGCGAUUAAAUUCUUUAAGAAAGGAAAAUAAUUUGGAUAUGGCAUGCGAGAUAUUUAAGGCAAGUGUAAGUGUUAGGUUUCAGCCUUAUUCGCCCAAUGUGUUUUCAGAGUUGAUGCGUAUUUGCGCUUUAGUGGGUAAAACAGAUGAACUUCUUAUGAUAUAUCAACAAAUUGUCAAUCAUAAUAUUAUUCCCUCUCCUCGUGUGUUUAUUUCUCUAAUUAGAGGGUUUUCCAUGCAUAAGGAUGUUAAAUCAAUGGUAGAAUGUUUCAAUGAAUAUAAAACUUUUGCACCUAAGAUGGAACCUCAUGAUAAAUAUGAUGUUUAUUGUGCAUUGAUUGAUGGAUAUUUCAGAUCAUCUCGUUCUUAUGCUGCAAUUUCAUUUUUUGAGAAAUUGGCUGCUCAAAAGAAUGCUUAUAUUCCAUAUAAAGUUUUUAAAAUAAUUGUAUUUGGACUUUCCUUAAAUGGUGAUUAUUUAACAGCUAAAUCUUGGAUUGAUCGUAUGAUAAAAGAUGAAAAUCUUCCCAAUCCUACGCCUUCAUGCGUAAUACCUGUUAUUAGUAGCGCUAUUAAAGCAAAUGAUUUGGACGUUGCAGUUUCACUUUUUGAUUAUACAUCUUCUAUUGGAUCUAUAAAGCCAUUUGGAAGAGUCGUUUUUGAGUUUAUACAUUUAUGUUUGAAACAUGGGAAAAAUGAUUAUGCAAAUGAUAUUCUUAAUCGUGUCUCUGUUGAAGGCAUUAGACCGGAUGAAAUGACGACCCAAACAAUUGCUCUUGCAAUGAUUAGCAAUGGAAAUAUAGAUUCAUCUCUUCAAUUAUAUAAAACAUGUUUGAAGCUUAAUGUUCAACAUUUUGGAUCAACAAGGUAUAUUCGUAGAGGAUUUACUUUAGUAGGUGUUUCCUUAAUGGAAGAAUUAAAAAAAAGGAAUCUUCUUGAUUUCAAAUCAUGCUUAAAGAUUAUUACAAAUGUUUAUGAUACUGCAUUUCAUAUACCAUAUCCUAUGCUUUUAUAUGUUUUAAAAUUUUAUUUUAUGGAAAAGAAAAUGUCAGUAGAAGCAUGGAGAGCUAACUUAAAAUCAUGGGAUCCAUUUAUAUUAAGUUUAAGUCUUAGGGUUUUAUGUUUUUCUGUUAAGCAAGAUCGUGGUUCUUAUGCUCAUAAAGUAUUUCCCGAAUUGAUCAGAGAUAUUAUAUCUGAAAAUAUUGCUGUUAUACCGGGUUCUGCAAUGGCUGUUUCUGAUACUCUUGAGAUUUUGGGAGAAAAAGUUUUGUCGGUUGAAUGGGAAAAAUAUACUCAAAAAUAUAAGCCUCAUGAGUCUUUUGCUAUAGAUGGAGUUCCUGAAGUUUCUCGUUAUCAGAAAUUAAGGCCUCUUUCUAUUGAUCUUAUGCGUGAUUGGAAUCAAGUUAAAAAUCAUCCUCGUAUAGACUUUUCUACUUCUCAGAAAAUUUUGAAUGAUUCUAUUUGUCAUAAUAAGACUGAUGAUUAUUCUGCUUUGGUUCAUGAAAUACAUGUAACAUAUAGAAAAGGGAAAGAUAUUACUCCGGAAGCUUAUUGUAGGCUAUUAGAACGCCUUGGGAAGGAAAAAAAAUUGGAUUUAGUAAAUGAUCUUUAUAAAUUUGCAAAGGAAUCUAUUUCUAAAAAUUUUACUGGAGAUACAGGACUAUGUUAUCUUGGAUUUUGUCUGAAUAGUAUGAUUAUUGCUCAAAUAUAUUCUAGCCAAAUGGAUGCUGCAAAGAAAUAUCAAAGAGAACUAUUAGAACUUGGGUUUUCUCCAAGUGCAUCUGUUUUUGCUACAUAUAUUAUAAAUUUGAAAAAUUCUGAGCCUUCUCAAGAUGCUGAUGAUGCUAUAAAUAUCUAUCGUGAAGCAAAAUCGUAUAACGUUGAGUUUACAACAUAUUUUUAUAAUGCUCUUUUAUCAAAACUUUGUAGAGCAGAAAAACUACAUGAAGCUCUUGAAAUAUUCUCAGAAAUGAAAAAGAAUAAUAUUAUUCCCAAUAGUAUUACAUAUGGAACUCUCAUAAAUGCUUGUUGUAAAAUUGGAAAUGAAGAAUUGGCAAAUGAUCUAUUUGUAGAAAUGGAAAACAGUCCCCGUUAUUAUGCUAGGGUAGCGCCAUAUAACAUAAUGAUGCAAUUUUAUGUGCAUACUAAGAAAAAUAGACAAAUGGCACUUAAAUAUUAUAAUAAGCUCUGUAACCAAGUUUUAGCUCCUUCCCCCCACACAUACAAACUUCUUAUUGAUUGUUGGACUGUUAUUGAUCCUCCAGAUAUUGAUAAAGCGCUUCAAGUAUUAACUGAUAUGACAAAAAAUAGUGUUUCUAUUACUACUCGGCAUUAUGGAGCAAUUAUAUAUGCAAAAGGAUGUAUUCUUCGGGAUUUGAAAGAUGCUAGACAAUACUUUGAUUCCAUUACUAAACGUAAUUUUAAACCAGUAAUACCAGAUCAUACUUUAUAUCAAGCUUUAAUAGAUGCAUAUGUCACUAACUAUUCUAUGAAAAAUAUUCCUAAAUUAUUAUCUCUGAUGAAAGAUAAUAAUAUAUUAUUAAAUGCUGAUAUAGCUAAUAUACUUAUUCGUGGUUGGAUGCAAGAAGGUCAAAUAAAAAAAGCAAGAGAAGUUUUUGAUUCUCUUGAUUUACAAACGAAUAGCGUCUCAAAGAGAGAACCUAGUAAUUAUAUAGCAAUGAUUCAAGCUUAUUUGUCAGUUAAAGAUAUAACAUCUGCUAAAGCUAUUUUAAAAGAAAUGAGAACAUAUUCACCUUCUCUAUCAGAUAUUUCUCAUGCUGAAUCCCUUUUUAAAAAAUAA